AUGGGCUUCGAAGAUAUCUCUAACGACCAUGAGGCCGACAAGGUGAUGGGAGAAGGUGAAAAGGCCGCAUAUGCGCCUCCACCGCCGUUUGAGGGGGAUAUAGUCGGGGAGAUGAGUGAGGCCGAGAGGAAUGUCUAUGACCAUGGCAUCAAGAAGUUCAACCGUCUCGGUUGGAAGCGACUCACUAUCGUCCUCAUCGUUGAAGCUAUUGCACUUGGCAGUUUGUCGAUCCCUUCUACUUUUGCGGUACUUGGCAUGGUCCCCGGUGUGAUCUGCUGUGUCGGCAUCGGUCUUAUCGCCAUCUAUACUAGUUACAUUGUUGGAAUGGUGAAAUUGGCCUUCCCCGAGGUUGCCAAUUAUGCCGAUGCGGGUCGCUUGAUGGGUCAUCGGUUAGGGUGUGGUCGUUUUGGAUAUGAGCUAGUCAAUGCGAUGCUCGGGCUCCAACUAAUCUUCCUCACGGCUUCGCACUGUCUGACGGGAACCAUUGCAUUCCUCGACAUCAGCAAAAGCGGCAUCUGCUCGAUCAUCUUCGCCGUGGUUUCCGCCAUCAUCCUGCUGUUGCUCGCUAUCCCGCCCAGUUUCACCGAGGUGGCUAUUCUUGGAUAUGUUGAUUUUGCAUCCAUCAUCAUUGCCAUUGGAAUCACUAUCAUUGGUACCGGUGUGCAGGCGACUAACUCACCUGGUGGACUCUCUGGAGUCGCAUGGUCUGCGUGGCCCAAGGAUAACAUCACCUUUACCGAAGCUUUCAUCGCUGUGACGAACAUCAUUUUCGCUUACAGCUUUGCCAUGUGCCAGUUCUCCUUUAUGGACGAAAUGCACACUCCUCGCGACUUUAUCAAGUCCAUCUGGACGCUGGGUAUCACCGAGAUCUUCAUCUACACCAUUACCGGUGCUCUGAUCUACGCCUUUGUUGGCCAGGAUGUGUCCAGCCCUGCACUCACCUCUGCCGGAACGACCCUCAGCCGCAUUGCGUACGGCGUUGCUCUCCCUGUGAUCUUCAUUAGUGGUUCGAUCAACACCGUUGUCUUUGGACGUGUGGUUCACGGUCGCAUCUUCAAGAACUCCCCCAUCCGCUUCAUCAACACUAAGAUGGGAUGGUUGACGUGGCUGGCUGUGAUCACUGCCGCCACAAUUGUGGCAUUCAUCAUUGCUGAGGUGAUUCCUUUCUUCAAUGACUUGCUCUCAAUCUCUUCGGCUCUGUUCAUCUCCGGUUUCACCUUCUACUUCCCUGCCAUGAUGUGGUUCAUGCUCCUUCGCAAAGGCACUUGGAAAGAGAACAAUAAUAUGUUGAAGGGAGUCGCCAACAUUCUGAUCUUCGUGAUCGGUAUGGUGGUGCUUGUCGGAGGAACCUAUUCCAGCAUUGACGACAUUAUGAUCAAGUACGACAAUGGAGAAGUUGGCGGUGUCUUCUCGUGUGCUGCUCCCGAGUAA